UAACCAUUGAUUGUUUCAUGAUAUAACAAGCUGCAUUGAAAACUUGCUUUGAAAAUGUGCACACGUGAUUAUCCCGCCAUCUUUAUUUAGUUUUGUUUAGUUUAGUUAGACGUCAGUUGUUCUAAUAACAUUUGCGAUGAAUGAUUAUAAAGUAGAAUUCUCGAUAGCAUUUGCAACGACAAGAGAAGCGGAUGUUGUUUACCAAGUACUCAGAGUAGAUAAGGAACCUCCAAGAUCUGGUGUUAUUAAAAAAAUAGAACAGAAAGACAAUCAAUUACAAAUAUCAUUUUCCAGUACAGAAGUACGUAAACUUCGCGUUGGCAUUACGUCUUUCUUUGACAGUUUAACCUUAGUUACAGAAACUAUACAACAAUUUGGACCACCAGAACCUAUGUACGAUUAUUAUUAGUUUCUAAUAUACUUGGUUUAAAUAUAAGAAUUGUUUGUCUGUUUAUGUAUUAAAAAAAAAAAAAAAAAAAAAAAAAAAAAAAAAAAAAAAAAAAAAAGGAUGGA